AGCGUGCCACAAGCCUGGAAAAGUCAGGCAGGAGGGGAAAAAGAGGGGGCGGAGGUGUGCGUGUUUGGAAGUGGAAAUGGGCAGCAGGGAGGAGGAAUGUGAAACAUUUCUGAUGCUGCUCCAGAGGCUGUUUACACGGCAGUCAGCCUGUGACAUCAGAGUCCAGACUUUAUAAAUGUCAGCGGGCAAACACUGGUCACACCGUUAUUCAGGUUCCAGGCAGAGCCAGCGCCGCCACCAACAAGCCCCAUGGAUCGACUGCUGUGUGACUGUGUGACGGCUGUGGCUGUGCUGCUGUGUGUGGCCACACAGGUUUUUUGUCAGCUGUGUGACAGGUCCUGCUUUUGCCCCGCACCUGCCCCAGAAUGCCCUGCAGGAGUUCCACUCGUGCUGGACGGCUGCGGGUGCUGCAAGGUGUGUGCACGUCAGCAGGGAGAGCCUUGCACUGGGAUGCUGCCCUGUGACGGCCAGAAAGGACUCCAGUGCGACUACAGCGCCAGUCUCCCCGGUGACCCUGGAGAGUGUGUCGGUCAGGAUGACCUUAGCUGUGAGGUCAAUGGCGUUUCCUACCAAGAUGGCCAGUCCUUUAAGCCCUCCUGUGACACGUACUGCCACUGCAGAGGUGGAGGGGUCGUCUGUGUACCAGCCUGUCCACUGAACACUCGUCUUCCCACUCCGGACUGCCCGAAUCCACAGCACGUCCGGCUGCCUGGGAAGUGCUGCAAGGAGUGGGUGUGUGAAAACCUGGAGAACACAGUCAUUCAGGAUGCUAUUAACGCUAUGAGAACAGACAGGUUGUGGCCAUCCUUGCCCAGGAAUCGCCCUCUGAACCAGCUCAGCCCACCCGGCCCUUCCUGCGUGGAGCAGAGCACCCGGUGGAGCGCCUGCUCACGAAGCUGUGGGGCGGGGGUCUCCACUCGAGUCUCCAACCAGAAUUCUGCCUGCAAGCUGCAAAUGGAAAGUAGGCUUUGUAAAGUGAGGCCCUGCAACGACGUGCGGUCUGCUCCAGGAAAACCGUUGUGGGGGCAGCAGGGGCGGUGCAAGGCCAGCUACAAGUCACCAGGCCCCAUCAGGCUCGUUCAUCAGGGCUGCUACAGCGCUCGGACCUACCGGCUGAGGUACUGCGGGCAGUGCUCCAACUCCCGCUGCUGUACGCCGCACCAAACCUCCACUGCUCAGGUGACCUUCCGCUGUCGCACGGGCAGGCCGCUGCAGCGAGCCGUCAUGAUGAUCCACUCCUGCGUCUGCCAUGAAAACUGUCCCUCCACUCGGUUCACUAAUCCAGCUCUGUGGAGGUACCGGCCCUGAUCCAACUGGGCCCCAGGAGCACCAACUCAGUGAGUUAGAGAAACUGAGGGGAAGAUUUAAGAACAUUUUAGAAAGAUUUAAUCCAUUUUGGAUUCAGAAAAUGACAAAUGUUGGGAACCUCUGGAAGAACGACAAGCUUGGAGGAAUGUUGAACUAUGUUGAACUCUGCACAGACAUCUUUCAUUCUGCUUCUCUGAAAACAGCCAUGUACAAGCUUCUCUUCAUCUCUGAAUGACAGGACAAAAAAAAA